UAAAAGUAAGCCAAAUGUAACGUACCGAAGUUGUCUCUCUGUGUGUUUUUUUGUUGGCAAUCAACAAUAUCGAUGUUAAUUUUUUAAAGAAUCUCUAUUAUUUAUUGUAAAUUAAAAAGGAAAAAUGAUACGUUAAAUAAGGUUGUAAAAAGUAACAGAUACGAUUAAUAAUUGUUUGUUAAAUAAGUUUACGUUUCUUCUUCAUUGAUAAAGAGAAUUGAUAACAGUAAAAUGCCAGUCCCUAUAUAUUUUUAACUUUGUGAUUGAAAUAGAAUAUGUCAGAACGAAAGUUGGAAGUUAUUGAUAACGUGGAAAAACAAUAUCACGAUGAAACGAUUAAUAUUCAAUACGAUGAUACCAUUGACGUGUCAAACUUUGAUUUUAGCGACACUGAUAGAUGGUUGUUGGAACCUGUGGAGUGCUCGUCAGAGACUACAGUGCAUGACUUACACGCCUGGUUGAGGAAUUCCUCAGAAAUAAGUUCUCAAAAUACUCCUACCACUACUAAAAGGUUUACGGAUACGAGAACAUUUACAAGGCCUAAGAAACGGAAUACCAGAAUGAGCUUUGAAUCUAUCAUGGAAGCAUUACCUCCUCAUUUACAAAAUGCAUGUAAAAUUAGGGACAAGGAAUUUCACAAUUUGUAUCAAAGCGCUAAUAAAACUAAUGAUAAGAAAGAAGGUAUACCAUUUAUGUUAAAAGGAACAAUGGGAGCUAAUCGUUACAAUCCCGAUGAUGGUUUAAUUACAUCGGGACAGGAAAGUAUGGAAGCUUUUUUAAAUAUGUCCCAAUCCAAAGGAAUUGAUUCGUUUAUAAAUUUAGGAGAACCAGAUUUUGGGGAUGCAUUAAUGAACGUUUCUCAUCCAUCUGUUUUAUAUUCAUCUAUCAUAUCAAUGAAUAAUGAUAAUACAUAUAACACUGACUAUGACAGUGGUAUCAGUUCAGAAACUUCAUCGUAUCCAACGAUGGAUAAAUGUCAAUUUAUCAAAGUUAAAAACCCAAAGGUUAAUUUGGAAACAACAUUUGUAUCAAAAUUCAACGAUAAGACUAUAGUAAAGAAUAAAGAUAAAAAUAAAAUGUCUAUAAAUAAAACGUUUACUAGUGAGCCAACAAAUAUUGAAAAAAUGGAUAUUAAGGAUAUUUGUAAUAUAGAUAUUCAUAAUGAUACGUCGUCCACUUUGGUAAAUUCGAAGAUAGAAAAGAUGAAUGAGAAUUCUUUGUCUUCCACGUAUACAAAUCUAAGUGAUCUUAAUGUCACAGUGAUUAAAUCGGAAAGUAAUGAAGCUAGGAAUUCACUAGAUACUACAUAUCAAUGCGUUGAUGUGAAAGAGGAAAAGAAAGUUGCACCUGCAAUGACCAUUACAAAUACAUUUGACUCUUGCAAACAAAAUAUUCAUGUUGGUUCUAACGUGGAAGAAACUGCCACGAAAUUUUCUGACAGUACAAUGUUACCUGUGCAAAACAAUUGUAUAGAUUCAAUACCACAAUUACCUGUUUCGUAUACUAAUCAUUCGUCUAAACAAGAAAGUUUACUAAAUUCAACAUUUACAAGUAUGAAUAAGAAUGUUAAUCAAUAUCAAUCGACGUGUAUGAAUCCUACGAGUUUACCACCGGAAGAAAUUCCUUCUUUAAGAAGAGAAUUAUUAACGGAGAUUCAACGUAGUGGAAAAUACAAACUACAUUCUGUCUACAGUAAUACUCCUGAUGAAUCUCAGCCGAAUACUAAUGAAAAUAUUAACGUUACUUAUGACUUGAAUAUUACACAGAAAAGUAAUAUUCCUAUAGAAAAUAAGUACAAUACGUACAGAAAGCAACCUUCAAAAGAUCAAUCUAAUAGUAAAAAUGAAUUGUCCGAUUGUAAUAUAGUAACAACGUGUACGCAAAAAGAUACACAGAAUCGUAAGUUUUAUACUUUUACUAAAAAAACUGCUAAUAUCAAUGGAAAGAGUAAUAUAGAAACUGUAGAGCAAUCGUUGCCACCUAGUAACAUAGACGAGACCUUUUGUAAACCAAUUUCUAAGGCACCUAAGAAAAAAUUACACGCGCCUAAAAAAUUAUCCAAACUGCCACAAUUCUUGCAAAACUCUAAUCCCAAUUUAUUAUCGAAUCCGAUUAAGACUAUCAAUGCUACUAGAUAUUCGUAUUUACCUAAUGUCAGACAAGUCAAAGGUACAUGCAUUAAUACGAUGGAAAGUAUAGCCAAACCGAUGACUAUUAAAUCGUAUUCAUUAGGAAAAUUAAGAAGUGGUUCGGAACAGAGAUUGCCACACGUUGAUAUAAACACUACGUUUCAAAAGCCAAAUUCCGGAGGUUCUACUGAAAGUAUAGAUAGUACUCAAAGUGCACAUAGUGCUCCUGAUUUAGACGAUAGACUUAGUAUGUGUUCUGACAGUAGUCAUAAUUCAUACAAUGUACGUACAACGAAUAUGGAACAGUUGUCUCAAAUUGUAUAUAUGCAAGAAGGUACUAAACAUCAAUCAACACCAAAACCAAAGAAAAAAAUUUUACGUAAUAAUUGGGUCGACGACUUAAAAGAUUUACCUUCACCAAUUUCAAAAAAUCAUGUUGAGGAAACUGAAAGCAAUUCUAGUUCACCGCUUAGUAUAGAUUCAACAGUUAAGACUAGCUCUCCGAUAAUAAGCCCAACUGGAUCUAGUCAAGCUAUAAACAACAAUGGAGAACAUAAAAUUUCGAGUCACUUGGAAGAGAAAGAACAAGAGAAUGCAGUUGGUCUUGUGAAACAGACAACAAAUAAAUUAACUAAUACAACAGAAACUAAAACUAAGCUUCGACAGCCGAGUAACUGGAAUACUGGAAAUAAACCAGCCAGUGUAGCAAGUGGUAUACCCAGACCACAGUCUCGCAUACCAGCUCUUAGAUUUGUAAGGCCAAACGUUAAAACUACUACUACUCAAGGUGAUUUAAAGAAAGGUUACUUGUGAAACUAAAUAUAAUUAAAAAGGAAUUGCAAUAGCAAUAUUAUACAUAUAUAUAUAUACAUAUAAACGUAAACAUUUUCAUUUCGAAAAGAAAAAGGAAUUAUUACUACGAUCAUUCGUGCACAAAAUAAUAUUGAAAAA